UCCCAGUUGGAGAAGCCCAGGGCCGAGGGCGCACGGAGCAGAGACGUUGCUGAUCAGGGGUCCUGCAAAGAGAUGUUCGACAGCUCGCAGUAUCCUUACAAUUGCUUCAACUAUGAUGCUGACGACUACCCAGCCGGCAGCUCCGACGAGGAGAAGCGGCUCACGAGGCCGGCGUACAGCUACAUAGCGCUGAUCGCCAUGGCCAUCCAGCAGAGCCCGGCGGGCAGGGUGACCCUGUCGGGCAUCUAUGACUUUAUCAUGCGCAAAUUCCCUUAUUACCGCUCCAACCAGCGCGCCUGGCAGAACUCCAUCCGACACAACCUGUCUCUCAACAGCUGCUUCGUCAAGGUGCCCCGGGCUGCAGGCCAGGAGAAGGGCAAAGGCCACUACUGGACAUUCGCCGGCGGCUGCGAGUCGCUACUGGACCUCUUCGAGAACGGGAACUACCGGCGACGCAGGCGGAGACGCGGCCCCAAGCGCGAGGGUGGACGGGGUGCACGCGCAACGGGGGCCCCGCCGCCGACAUCUCUGGGGCCCAGAGAAGCGGCCCGCUGCGAGGCUCCCGCGACCCAGAGUCCACCCGCAGCGGCGGCGACGGUGGCGGGGAAGGACGGUCCCAGGGACAUCAAGUUCAGCAUCGAUUACAUCCUCUCAGCCCCUGGCCCGUUCUCCGGGUGCAGACGGCCCUGCCGCCCCCAGGAAAGUGGGCACCCCGCUUUGGAGAUGCAUCCUGUGAGCCUGCAUGUUUGGACUCUGUGAGAGAUGGGGAGGGGGUGGGCUG